AAUUAACGUGCAACGCGCGUUAGCAAAAUGUACCAGCUAGCUUUACGCAUGCGUGUUACGCUUCGCAAGUCCACGAGACGAAAUCCCUCUCUAGUUCAACUUUGGCUUACAACAGUCAAUUAGUUGUGAUACUUCUACUGAUCAUUAGUCUUUCAGCUGCUUCAUAGGCUGGUAUAGCAAUGUCUUGGAGAUUCUGCGCGCUAGACGGAGAUCUAAACGUCGAGAUCCCAGAAGGCCAAACGACCGUUGGACGCGGCUCUCUGUUACAAAUAGCUGACAAGCACGUGUCGAGAUCUCACGCAAUUGUGCAACUCAAGGACGGAAAAUGCAGUAUCUUACCUACGCACACAAACCCGAGCUUUCACAAGCUACGAGACUCGGAGACCUUCGCCCCUUUACAGCAAGACGUCUGGCAGGAGCUCAACGACGGCGACGCGAUUGGCCUUGCACCGUCUCACCACCGAUUCCGAUUAGAGAAAUGCGACGCGAGCGGAGAGAAGCAGCCGACGGUGGCAGCAGACGCGGACACAAGCGAGACGAAUGAGCAGCAGAAAGAAAGUGAGAAACAGACGGAUGAAACGAACGCUAAUGCGGAGACGAGAGAAGAAGCAGCAGCAGCAGCAGCAGAUGAGGAUUGUAAUCCUGCCAAGAAAGCGAGAGUUGAGGUAGAAAAGAUUGCGUCAGAAGAAGGGCUAGUACCCGUCCUCUCGUCAACGGCAGGGCUGGCAGCCAGUGGUCAGGAGCAGAACGAAAACGACGGAGACGAUGAAGAGGAAGAAGCAGAAGCAAAGCCUCGAGCACCGUGUCAGUAUGGCGCUAGCUGCUACAGGAAAAAUCCUAUUCAUUUCAAGGAGUUCAGUCAUCCCGGUGACCCUGACUAUAUUACUCCAAUAGUGCCUGCACAACCACUCAAGCCACAAGCACAACAGAGACCGAGGCAGCAACCGAAGACGGAGUCUGGUCGACCGAUGAGAAAGGCUGCAGCUAGACGAGUGAAAGCAAACGUAUUGGCAGGAGACAGCGACGAAGACGAGGAGUCGUUCGACGAGAAUGACACGUUUAAUGACGAUUCGGAGUUUAUUGAGAGCAGCGAGAGUGAAGAAGAGGAGGAGGUCCGAGGACGCGACUCGGACGACGAAUGGAUGCCUGAUGACGAGGAGGAGGAUGACGACGUGAAGGAUCUUGUCAUAGAAUCCGAUGAAUACGUUCCCGGUGGUCGUCGAUCCCGUCAAAGGGCGAGGCGAUAUUAAACUAUAGAUAUAAUAUUAACAAAGCUCAUGUAUGUUUUGUCUGUUGCUUGGACUGUCGACAGUCGACUGACUUUGAUACAGGACAGAUUACACUAGAGUGACACUGCUAUGCUGGACGCAUUGCUGUAACUACCUCAUAGAUAUCCACUGUCAGCUCGCAGUACAAUGUUUCUGGUAUAGCAAACCGAGAGUCAAG